AUCAUCAUCAUCAUCAUCAUCUCUCUCUCUCAGAGUUAGCAAGUCUCCGUCUGUUCUCUCUCUAUACCUCCAACAUGCCGAUCGUCGAGAUGCACGUGCACAUGGACUGUGCCGGAUGCGAAGAUAAGAUAAGAAAAGCCCUUCAAAAAUUAGAAGGAGUGGAUGAGAUAGACAUUGACAUGGGGAUGCAGAAGGUGACAGUCAUGGGGUGGGCUGCCCAAAAGAAGGUUCUCAAGGCAGUGAAGAAGACAGGAAGGAAGGCAGAGUUCUGGCCAUUCCCAUACAACCCUGAGAUCACCACCCUUGACCCACAAAAUUACUAUAGUAACAAUAAUAAUCACUAUGAGCACAGCGACAAUUACUAUUUCCACCAGCCUAAUUACACACACCACUCCUAUGAAUUGCCCCAGAUGCCCUCCUCAUACCCUUACUAUUACAAGCAAGGCUACACUAGCAAUGAUGACUAUGGCUAUUUCCAUCACUCACCUCCUUCUGCUAUGGUUGAUUAUCAAGCUAGCUCUAUGUUUAGUGAUGAUAACCCCCAUGCUUGCUCAAUCAUGUAAAUGAGGGUUUUUUUUUUUUGUAAUUUUUUAAAAGUGUUUUCCAUAUGUAAUUGUGUUUUGUGAUAUUGAUGGGCUUUUGUAAUGCAUAAUGGGGUGAAAUGUUAUGCAUAGUGUGAAGUUAUUGUACAAUGGAUAUUGUUAGAAUAUUUAAAUAAC